GGAAGCGUGAAUCGUUGCAGACGUGUUUUCACCAGACGUAGAAACUGCACUUCUUUCUUUUGAUGAACAGUGCUGAACGCGCGUUUUUUUUAAAUGUGGUAGAUCCGACAAGUGUGUGCCGCUCAGUCGCUAUAAAACGCAACCACCAUCAGUUUAAGUGUAUGGUAAUUGUUUACUUAUAACGCGACUCACAGAGUAAUGCCGCCUUCGAAUGACACACAUUCAUUCCGGGGUUUAGUGAUUUUCAAUUGAAGUUCGACAGUGUGGAUGUGUUCUAUCGGAAGUUGCGAGUUCCAGCAGUGCGCGCACCACUUAGUCCGCGGAGUGCCUACAGUGUUGUUUUUUUCACGAUUUUAUAGCAUAUUGGAGGUUGCAUGCUUGUGUGAAUGGGAGUGAUGAUAAUUCUUCGCUCGACGUCUUGCCAUUGAUGACGGGUGAGGGCGCAGCAGCAGCAGUAGGGUAGGACCCCCAAAAAGAAGCACACAGCCAACCGUAUAGGCUUUUUUUCGAGACGGAACGGGUGAAGAAAACAAUCUCGUUGGCCGUCCCAGUCCGUAGCUGGAAAGGGCAGAGUCAGUGAAUGGAAACGACGACAACGACGACGUCGAAUUAUAAGAAAACCGAGAUAUUAGAAGCGAAUUCACAGUCCCGUGCUCAUACAUCAGUGCCAGUAUUGUUGGCAGAAGAAAGCUGGAAAGCCGCUUAAGUCCGGAAGAAUUCAAUAUUUCUAUAUGAUUUAGUGGGUGAUUUGAAAAGUAAUACGUGCUGCUGGUGCGGUGGUGGAGUGUUUCGAAAGAGUAUAAAUAUACGUUAAAGGUUUUGAAAAGCUAGCGGAAAAAAAUUAACCGAGCUUAGCAGUACUGCAGUGCGAAUAACAAAACUCCUACUAAUAAUCUCCUACUGUUUCGUCCAGAGCCAAUGUCAGCAACAACGUGUCCAUCAAAAGUGUGACAUCGGCUGGGUUUUUCGGUAUGUCUACGCACGACACGAGCGUGAUCGCGGUCAGUGGUGAAGAAUUAUGUGGCUCGCCAUAAACGCGACGGCAUAUCGGUAUGCGAAAUUGCAGAACUCAUCAAAUUCAGCGACCGACGACUGGCUGAACAGUGGAAGGAAAAUAAACGACGGCUGUCUCAAGUUUUGAAGUUGUAGCGGAAAACGCAAGUGACCAAGUUUAGUUGAAAACUAUAAGCGCUAUCGACGACGAUGCAACGGUUGACAGCCACCGGCCGCUGGGAAACAAAGGAUGUGAAAGACAACUUUUGAGUGGUUUCCUUACCUAAAAAGAUUAAGUGAAGUUUAAUAUUGGAGUGAGUUUUUCCUGCCAGUGAGCAGCGAAAAAUCUUUGUCAGUUUUACGGUCAAUUUGCAUACAUUUUAAGCUACGGCUACACCGUCAACUUACUACACCUAUGUUUACUUUUUGUGCGUACGGAAGGGCAGAGUGUUGUGAAAAUGUUUCGAAGAAAUAUUUACAGUUUAUGUUUAAGUAAGCGCAAAAUGUUGCAACCAUCUGUGAUAUGUUUGAUCGUAAUCGUACAAAUAGCCACGUGGCGCGGGACGACAAUCGUUUCCGCAAGUGAUUUGGAAGCCAAUGAUAUGUACCAGGACCUGAUAGUGCAGAGUGGAGCCCCCGAGAUUUUGGCAUACAAACCGGAGGUGGAGUUGGAAGCUGGUUCGCAGUAUGAGAUGACUUGCAAAUCUGCGGAACCUAUCCGGUGGCACAUCCGACGCACCGAAGACGAGUACAUCGAAGCUCCUGAACUCAUCACGAUAACGCAAGUGGAGACACAUGACGAGAAGAAACCACACGGUAGUCGUGUCAGUAUCACAACGGCAUCGGCAGAAGUCGUGGGUCGGUAUUACUGCGUGUUUGAGUCAGCGGAGAAUGAAAACCAAGAUCUGGAUGAACUUGAGGAACAGUUCAAAGCUACCAGUGCGUACAUCUUCGUCAAGGACCCCGACAACCCACUGGUACCGGUCAAUCCGGUUGUGUAUGCCAGACAGUACGAGGAUGUCGUUAUCCCUUGCAAACCGUCGUCCAAGGAUAUUCACGUUGAACUAGUUAAAGACGAACAAGAGAUGCAAAUCGACAACUUCAAGUAUACUGAAACCGUUGGCUUUGUGCUAACCCCGUACCGACUGGACGAAAGCGGCCUGUACCUGUGUCGGCCCAAGGAGGACCCGGACAAACCGAUACACUUCCAGCUGGAUGUGAUGGAAUCCUAUGAGUACGAACAAGCCGUCACGGAGUACAUUCAGAAGCCACGAAUUGAAAGCAGAACCGGCGAGUACAUUAAGCAGGGCGAAACACUCAAACUUGUCUGCUCGCUGGACGUGUCCGAGGGUGUCAAGUUCGAUAUGCGGUGGAUUCUGCCGAAUAAGCAACUAGCGGAAAAUGACUCGAGAACCACGGUUAGCAGGAUAUCGGUAAUCUCGCACCCACAGCGGCCCCACUACACCAUCGGAACAUCCGAGCUGACCAUCGAACAGACCACCGGUGGCGAUACCGGUUUCUACAAGUGCGAAGCUCAGGACCAUCACAAACACGUGAAUCAUCGGUCGGCUCGAAUUGUCAUCGUAGAGCAGGGUGCCGCAUUUAUAAAUCUAACCGAAGACAAUGGGCUGGAUCUGAUUAAUACCACCAGUAGACGACCCAUCAAAAUAGUAAUCAAAUACAGUGCCCACCCGAUGCCACUGUUCCAUUGGGUGCGGGACGAUGGCGAGGAAGCUCUGGUGGCAGGAGAUAAGUAUAACAUAACGGAAAACAAUAAGCAAGUGUCACUGAUUAUCAAACAUCCGAGUGUGUACGAUACCGGCGUUUAUACGCUUCACGCAAUGAAUGAAGGCAUCAAUGCCACCUACCACAUGAAGGUCUAUGUGAGGGAAAAACCUGUUCUCAAGAUCAAUCCCAUCUUUGCUCGUCCGAAGGAAAUGGUCACCUUCGUGUGUACUUCGAUUGGAUAUCCCAAGCCGAACAUGCGAUUUGCUUUCAUCCCGUGUACCGGAGAACCAUGGACCAACUGUUCGAAACCCAUCCAGCCGAAGAACAUUCGCGAAUACACCGCUCGAUUAGUCGCUUGGGCAGAGCCGGACGAGAUUGUUAUGCUGAGGGGUUCUCGUGUUCAGGAAAGUGGAGAAAACCGAGAGAUCACCACCGUCGAACAGUACAGCUUCCAGGCGGAUACGGCAGGUUACGUGGGCUGUUAUGCGGCCAACAGUGAAGGUCAGGACUUUGUAAAAGCUGAUUUACUGAUUAGCGAUUUGGAGGAACCGGUCUCGAUUGUACUGGAGGCUCCGAAAUCAGACGUCACUUUCGGAGAUCGUGUCUCGAUCGUGUGUGCGGCCUCGGUCUACAACUACACUAGCCAGAUUGCAUUCUUCCAGAACGAUGUUGAGCUAGCGGACGACAGUACGGAUGGAGUGUCUUUUGAGACUUGGUACGAAACGUACGCAUUCAGAAAAAGACUGAUAAUCGAUGAUGUCAGCAAGGAGCACGAAGGAGAAAUUCGCUGUCAAGCGAACGUGGCCAACUCGGAUCUUAUCGAGAGUAAGGAAAUUCGGUUGAUUGUGCACGUGCCCAUCCAACCGAGGAUUUUGGAAGGAAGUGGCACUGUUGAGCUGGAACUAGGCAUGGGUGACACCAACCAGUUCCAGUGCAGUGCCGAAGGGAUGCCCCAACCGACGGUAGAAUGGUUGAAAGAUGGCAUGCCGAUGGAUUUCGAGAAUGAAACCCGGAUUCAACUGAUCAACGGAACGACGGUGUUCUUCCAGUUCCUGAAGUCAGAGGACUCCGGUGAAUAUUCGUGCCGAGUUCAGAACAAGGUGGGCCAGGCUGAGAAAAUAUGGAAUCUACGGGUAAAAACUGUGACCAUUCGAAGGACUUGGAUAUAUUUGGUCCUCGCGCUGUUGUUCGCAUUAUGUAUGGCGGUUAUUCUAAUCUCAAUGUUUUAUUAUAAGAAAAAAAGGGAAGUGAAAGCUAUGAAAGAAGCCGGCCUGGCCAAUUUCGAAGAAGGUAACUUAGAACAAAUGAAUCCGGAAAUCUCUCUAGACGAGCAAGCGGAUUUACUCCCAUACAAAAGCGAGUAUGAAUUUCCGAAAGAAAGACUAAAACUUGGCAAGCAGUUGGGAGCGGGAGCAUUCGGUGUUGUGAUGAAGGCCACCGCCGCCGGGAUUAUGGUCAAUGAAGACGAGACGACCGUUGCCGUCAAGAUGGUGAAGAAGCAAACCGACAACGAAGUGAUGCGAGCUUUAAUUUCCGAGCUGAAGAUCAUGGUCCAUCUGGGCCAACAUCUCAACGUGGUGAAUCUGCUUGGGGCCGUCACCAAAAAUAUCGCGAAAAGAGAGCUCAUGGUAAUCGUUGAAUACUGCCGUUUUGGAAAUGUUCAAAAUUUCCUGUUGAAACAUCGACCUUACUUUAUUGAUCAGAUCAAUUCGGACACGGGUGAAAUCGAUCCUAGUAUCGAAAAAAAUCUAUUCCGGUGGUCUAAAGCAGGCUACAUAUAUAACAGCAACAACUCGACAAACUACCCCAAUCCGAAGAAUCAUAUCAAUUCCAAGGGAUACGUUAGACAUUCCGGUAUUCAAAACAUGGCCAUGGUGGACAGCUGCAACACGGAAGCUACAGUGAUGACCUCGGUUGAAGCCGAGGAACCAAACACCAACAACAGCGUCAACUCAAAAGAGCCACUGUGGCGCUCCAACUACGGUAUGGACUACAAGGGCCCUGCCCGAUCGGUGACCACAAUCGAUCUGGUUUGCUGGGCUUCCCAGGUGGCCUGCGGUAUGGAAUACCUAGCAUCUCGAAAGGUCCUGCAUGGGGAUCUUGCCGCACGAAACAUACUCCUGUGUGAUGACAAUGUGGUGAAAAUCUGCGACUUUGGGCUUGCUCGCUCAAUGUAUAAGAGUGACAAUUACAAAAAGAAAGGUGACGCACCACUGCCAUUCAAGUGGCUGGCAUUGGAAAGUAUUAGUGAUAACAUUUUCGGAACAUACUCGGAUGUGUGGGCCUACGGUAUUGUACUGUGGGAGUUCUUCUCUUUGGCCAAGGUACCGUACCCGGGAAUGGAACCCAAUCAGGAGCUGUACAACAAACUACGCGAUGGUUACCGGAUGGAUAAGCCACAAUAUGCCAACCAAGACGUAUAUGAUAUUAUGUUAAAUUGCUGGAAUGUUAAGCCAGACACGAGACCCAGUUUCAAAGAUCUGAAAAGCCGGUUCAACGCAAUGUUGCCGGAGGAGCUGAGGGAUCAUUAUAUCGAUCUCAAUGAGCCAUAUUUGGCGAUGAAUGCCGAAAAGGAACAACGAGGUGAACCAGACUAUCUUACCAGCCUUGGUCCUCCGGAAGAUCAGGCUCCUCGGCCGCCUCCAAAUUACGUCAACGGAAUUAUACUACCGUUACCGCCCAUUUCCGACAAGCCGGACUAUCUGAAAAUGACAAGUGCCAAGUCCGACUCGGAAGAGAGCCAGUUUGACUUUGCCUCGUUCAACAAUAGUCAACCGUCACCAACGUUGAAGAACAAUCUGGACACCAGUCCGCAGCAGGGCAGUAAACGUCACAAGAAAAAGGGUAUUCCCGAGGAAAUUCCGAUGCUACACAAUCGCGGCAUAUCCGGACAGGGUUUCAAUUCCGACUCGGAAACCGAAGCAACCAGCCCCGUACCGACGGUACGAACAUCGAAAAUUCAACAACCCGAACGCGAGUACACGAAUAUUAAACGAUUGGAUCGAGCGCCCGACGACAAAUCACUAGCGGCGAACGACGCCUUCAGCAAUCCUGGGUACGUUAUGGUGAAAACGGUCAACGAGAAGAGAUUAACAUGAGUCCGGACGAUUGACUGAUGGAAAAGGCGCACAAGCCAUCCUCAAACUUACUUAGCACACUGCAAACCGAUUGAAACAAUCGGUUGCUGAUUGACUUCCUCGAGGUUUUUUAUGGAGAGUUACUUUCGACUGAGAAACAAAACAAAAACCCUGUAUCAUUUUAGAAGAACCUAACCAUUUGAAUGUGAAUCGAAUGUACGUACGCUUCUAUGAGUAGAACUAGCGGAGAUGAUUUAUUUACUGCUGAUAGUGAAGAAAUGAGAGCUUUCCACGUUAUGCAAACGUUAUGCACUCCUAUGGAAAUUGCUUUUUGAGAAAAAGUUGCCUUAAAUGUUUUUACGAUCAAUAUCGAUUAUCUUUCUCAUUUUAACGAUGCACGUAAAUUAUUGAUAUAGAGUUUAACU